AUGUCGCCUAUUCUACUAAAGGGAUAUAAGCACUUGCCGGUUAGUGCAGUCGUCACUGUUGCAAUGAUUGCCUUCUCACUUGCAGGAUCAAUUCUCAACAUACGAUCGUACUUCUUGCUUGCAUUCUCUCCGUUUAUCUCCAAAUGGCAUCAAUGGUGGCGUUUGUUGCUUUUUCAACUUCAGUUUCAGAACGAGUCACAGUUAGUUCUCGGUGUUGUUUUAUUCACCUUUGCCUUCAAGAACCUCGAAAGGAUAUUUGGGUCGCUCAAAUUCACACAGAUUCUUCUUCUUCUAUAUUUCUACAACGCAGUUUUUCUCGCGGCUAUCCUGGCUGUGCUCUAUAUGUUCCUCGGAAUCAACAUCUACAUCCCAUCUGGACCGUAUGGGAUUCUUUUUGGUUUGAUGUAUCCGUUCAAAAAGUACACACCAACAGUUUACCAGGUCGAAUUGAACUUCGGGGCCCUUAAUCGGGCCUCUGCCUUGCCGGAUAAUGCUGCUGAUGUGGAAGGUGAGUCGCCAGAUGGCUUGAAUUCUUCUUCAAACGACGAUUUUCAUCUUUUCUUUGGAAACAACACGAUUGCCAUGGCUUUGGCCACAAUAUUGUUUUUCAGUGAAGGCGUAGUGAGCUCUCCCAUCGCCUGUCUGGUAGGCUAUCUUGUUGGUGCACUUCUUUUCAACGACUUUCUUCCAUUCCGUGAUUCGAAAUUCGCCUUUUUGCACAACUUUUACCACAAGUGCAAGCAGAAAAUCCCGUUUUUGCGCCGCAGAUAUAUUGCCUUGGGCUCCAGCACGGUUGAGACGAAUUCCCGGUCGGCGUCACCAGAAAACAUCGAUCAAUUCAAUAACGAGUUGCACGAAACUCAUGAAAAUGAUGGUGAUACACCUGCGAGAAGUCUCGGUACACAAUUGCUUGACACGUUCAGAAGAUGA